GAGUCAGCGCGUCAUUCGCUCCUGUUUUCAUAGCUGAAUAACAUGUCUGUCAAAAGCAUUAGAUCUAACUUUGCCCUAAUGGUCGUCAGCAUCUGUCUGGGUGUGGCCACUUUGGGUUUCUGUUCGGUUAUUCCGUUGGCGUCUUCAGUUACUAACGUCGUCGUUCAUCCGCUCUCCGUCAAGGGCCUGUCGUCAACAACUUUAAACGAUCCUGCUGUUUCAAAUGCGGAGAGAUCUUCGUUUGCAGAUUGCGGAGUGUCCAAUGAUGUCAACCGGAUGGUCGACGGAAAGAUCGCCGGUGGAGUAGAAACGGCCCCCAACGAAUUUCCGUGGCAAGCCUACCUUCAGGUAGAAACGGAGUUUGGCUACAGUCAGAACUGCGGAGGAAGUUUGAUAUCUGAACGAUGGAUUCUCACGUCAGCCUCCUGUGCGACAGUAUAUAAGGAGAAAACAAGGUCGAUCCUCGUCUACCUGGGAUUGCACAAUCGCUCGAGCUUAUCCACCGAAGCGAAUGCCAAAAUGUACGAGGGUCUAGGCCUAUUGGUUCACAGUGGAUGGGAUUGGGACACGUACGAUAUCAACAACGAUUUUCGGUUGGAUAACAACAUUGCUCUCGUCUAUCUCGCUACACCAGUGACCUUCACCCAAUACAUCCGCCCAGUUUGUUUGGCCGCUCCCAACGGGCCGAAUUACGCCGGCGAGUAUGCCACCGUUGCCGGAUGGGGUCUCACUUCCUACGGUGCUACUAGCGGCAGUGUGGUACUCCGCAAAGUGACGGUUCCGGUCAUCUCCAAUGCCCAAUGCCAGCAGUCGUACUCCAGUUUCGGUUAUAUCAAUAUCACGGGAAAUACGGUGUGCACUAGCGGAGCCAAUGGUAGCGGAAUAUGCAGCGGUUACAACGGUGACUUGGGUGACUUGGGUGGGCCGCUGAAUUUCAGACAACCGGAUGGAACUUGGACACAGAUCGGGAUCGUUUCCUUUUACGGAGGUUGCGAGUUGGACUAUCCGUCCGGCUACUCAAGAUUGAGCUCCUAUUCGACGUGGGUCCAGCAAAUCAUCGCACCAGGGUCCGACUUUAGCACCACUCCUUUGAUGAUCCGGACGACGUUGACGACAACAAUUAAAACGACACCGACGACCACUCCAACAACAACUCAAACUAUUUCCCAGUCGACAUCAACGAAAAGCCCAACAACAACGACGACUGAAACGACAACUGAGAAGACAACAACACCCACCACCGAGGCAACAACAACCCCAACCACUACGACAUCCAUUACCAACCCAUCACCGACAACUUUCAGCUGUGCUGGUAAAGCCAACGGCAACUACCCCAAUCCGGAAUCCAGCUGCUCCAAUACAUUUUACACCUGCUCAAACGGCAACGCUUACCUUUUCAACUGCGCUUCUAAUUUGGUUUAUCGGGAGGAAAUUGGCGUCUGUGAUUAUCCUUCCAACGUCGCCGGAUGUCAUUAAGAAAUAUCCGAUUUUGAUUUAAUUUUCCACUCGAUUGUCGAUUUUCUUGGCUGCAAGUUAAGAAUGUAUUAAUCAGUUCCUAUCAAUUCCAAUAAAGUAGUCCAUUACGUA